CCCAAACAAGUGGGGAAACGGAAACGUAUUUGUUUGUUUACGUUGUGUGAUACCCUUGUCUACAGUGAGCCAGGACCCACAGGAAACAAAUACAGAUCUUCUGAUAAUGGCACUAACGUCUAACAGCGUCUAAUAACGUCUAAAAAUUGCGGCUUCGUAGAUAUAUAAACGAACACGAAAAAAGAACCCGCCCCAAUUGUGGCAGCGUCCACAUCUGGGGAACAGAAUGGCAAACCCACCAGAGUAGAAUUACAAAAUCCUGUGGAAAAACCAGGAAGAAGCACGGAGAACACUCAGAAGCCUGUCAUUUCUGUGAAAAAGGAGCUGCCUUCGAGUGAGGAAGGCCCCUCCAGAGCGACGGGAAAUACCGACACCAACAAAGACAUGCCUAGAAAUGUCAAGAAGUCUCUGGAGGAGGUACAGAGUCUGGUGGAGGAGAAGGCAACGCUCUUGAAGGAGAUCAAGCUGCUGCAGAGUCGGAGGUUGCUCUUACAGGAGCAGAAAAGCAGUAUGGUCAGGAGUCACAAGGGGGACAAGGAAAGCCUGGAUGAGCUGCUGGAAGAGAAUCUAUUCAUCUACGAGAAGAUCGGGAAGGAGAUGAUGAAGAGGAGCGAGAAGAUACACAAGUUAGACGUCAGUCUGGUACGGGCCAUGAAAAGCAACAAGAGUCAGAAGUCUGGUCGCAGUCAGAGCAAGUCACCGGAUUCGAGCCACAAAGAGGGCCCGUCCCCAGACGAACGAAGCUCGAUGAAAGCGAGAAUGAUGAAGCCAAAGGAGAAAGAAUCGCCCGAGCGUACGCAGAAGUAUCGUUCGUCUAAACGUACUUAUGAGUGUUCCAGAUCGCCAGAGCAAAGCAUGUCAAAACAUGACCAGGAAUAUUCCAGGUCGCCAGAGCGGAGCAAGUCAAAACACACGCGUGAUUAUUCCAGAUCCCCUGAACGCAAUGCAUUGAAACAUAUGCGUGGACAUUCUAGGUCACCAUCAAACCGUGGGCGGGAUUAUUCCAGAUCACCAGAAGUAGGUAUGAAGCACGUACGUGAAUAUUCCAGAUCGCCAGAACGAAGUGUGAAACACACACACGAGUAUUCCAGAUCUCUGGAACGGGGUGCAUCCAAACGUUUGAAGGAAUAUUCUAGAUCACCAGAGCGUAGUUUUAAAAACAGAAGAUCGCCUCCGUUAUCUCACAAGAUUCGCCGCUCUCCAAAGAAUGUCAGAAGUGCAAGGUCCCCUAAACGUACCGUGGACCGAUCUAGGUCACCAGACAGUGACUAUAAUAAACGUUCACUGUCGCCCGAAUCGUCCAGGUCGAAGCAGUUCAAAUCCCAUGGGUCAUCGAUGGCCAAAAUUCAAAAAUCACAUUGGGCACGGUCGCACAUCAUGGGCACACUUACUAGAUUCAAGAAAGAUCUGUUUGCAGAAGUGGACAUUGCAUUUUCACCCAAGGAAAAAUCCAAGUCACAGGAUGUUAAUGCAGGUACUCGUGAAAGUUCCGACUGUACCAAGCAGUUGGAGAAAGAAUCUUCGUCAAAGGAUUUGAGAAAAGCCAAAAUGAACAAUUCUAUGGAACAUAAACUUAAACCCCAGGUCGGGGACGAAGAGCCUGCUAGCCAGAGUAGUGCAUUCUGUGGCAAUGAUACCUCUUUGUCAAUAGACAGGGUUUGUCCGCCAGCUGUUUUGCAGUCGAAAACGAAGUAUAGGUAUGUGGAUCUUGGUAUGCAUUGGUGCAGGCUCUGUGACCUGGUGUUUGAGACCCUCCCCAUGUACUGUAAUCACUUGUUGUCGUCUUCGCACUUGGGAAAGCUCAAGAAUAACCCCAAGCCAUGGUUAGCAAAAGCCGUGAGAGAGGAAAAGAAACCGUUGCCCCCGGAUGUACAAAUGAUACCCAUUCCUAUUUUAGGAUCAGAGUUUAUUCACUCGCUGCCCGCUGUCUACUGUUCGCUGUGUGAUGUGUUUUUGAGAGACGUUGCAGAGGCUGUAAAGCAUCCUGAAAGUGACACUCACACUUCAAACUAUAAGACAUACAAGGAAAACCACCCCAGCAAAAUAGAAUCAUACUGGAAGGCCCACCAAGGAGCCCUGUUCAGGCACAAGAUGCAAAGCAAUAAAAAGGAUACCAAAGCUGAAGCGAAAGACGACGUGUCUCAGCAGAUAGAAGGGCGAUUACUCCGUGAACUCAAGGCUAAAAGAGAGAGAGAUGGAAAGCAGAAGGGGGAGGGUGGGAAAGAGAGUGAAGAGAAGAUGACAUCUGUGAGCAUCAAGGUUGCUUCAAGGGAGCACAGGCCUGGCACACAGAAGCCCAAAGAUGAUAACGGUGGGUUAGGAUUAGGGUCCAAGGAAAAGAUUCAGGCUAAACAAGUGAAAGAAGGUAAAAGCCAGCCUAAAGAAGUUCACGAGAAAGUUGCAAAGGAAAGCAAGCAGCAGGGGAAAGAGAACGACGUACAAGUAGCCAGAGUGAUGGCACAGUCGGCAGAUGUCAAGGAAAAAGUUGUCGAGAAAGUAGUUGAAUCAAGAGAAACAGACGAUGUUGAUAAACUACAAAGCAUAUCGCAAGACAAGCACACAAAGGAAAGCAUAUCUGGUACAUCUGUCAAGUUCCCCCUGGUUGGGAAGAUGCCUUCCUUCAGGAAAAAGGUGAAUGGAAAAAAAACAGGCAUUGGGUCUUCCAAAGACCCGACAUCUUCAGAUUCAAAGCUUCCUGAUAGUAGCGAUUUGUCGGACAGCGUAGAAAGUUUCCCCGUUGAUGGAGGUAAUUCUCACAACAAAAAGAGAAUUGGAGGUCAAGAUAACGAAUCUAUUGUUAUGCCUUCAGACAGCAUUGAAGAAAGCAAACCAGACGGAAAGGUGACCACAAAUAAUCCUGAUAAUGUAAACUUAACACCAGAGGGCAUUGGCAUGACCGGAACACUUACAAAAGGAAGCAGUACUUUACUGAGUGUGUCAACCACUAAAGAACCUGAGGAAUUAAUGCAUGAAAUGCACGAAGCAAUGGUUUCCGACAUGGAAUUGGAAGAGGAAGGCUCGACAAGUGACCAGGAGACUGGGAAAGAAAAUGAUGUUGACCUAGACAUAUCCUAUUUGGAAAGAAUAGACAAGGGCUAUAGCAAAAUGGUUGGUCCAGACUUCGAAAAACCCAAUUCGCCGUCAGACGAGAAUGAGUCCGACGUAGCUUCAGCUACUGUAGAAGCUCUACAGUUGCUGAACAUCCCUCUACCUGGUUUUGAGCCUUCAAAAAAGACGAAGGCCCCUGAUCUCGUCCCGGAAGCAAAAGAGGAUAUAAACAUCCAGCAGGUGAUGGAGAUUCCCUUGCCGCCACCAAGCGCCACUGCCAAAAAUUUGGAGUUAGAUGUCCUUACCCCAUUUUCUCACUGUGCCCAGAUUGAAGCGGGAAUGGUGUCUUACAGUUGUGAGGCUCAGAACGAGAUUUCCCUACCCCCUCCCAUGUCCACGUCUAAAACCUUAGUGUUGGAGGCUCUCAAUCCUUUUUCCCACGGUAUGCAAAUGGACACAGGAAUGAUAGCGUAUGGAAGUGACGUCCCAAACAUGUUCUCCUUAGAAAGCAGCUGCGUAGAUGCCCCUAUGCCAUACAGUAACCACGAGUCUCUUCCGAGUUUUCCCUGUCACAGCCGGGAGUGCACUCCUCCCCCGCCUGGCACAGAAACUGCCCCUGAGCUUCAGGGGGAACUGCCUUAUGUAGACGAGCACGAGAACUCAACUCCCCCACCUCCAGGAACGGAACCUUCACUCGUGGUCAAGAGUCCAGUGGAAGAUCGUUCAAACAAGAGGAACAAUUCUAAUAAUGUCAAAGAAAAAUCUGACUGUGCAGUGGAGCCCAACAAAAGCUUAGAUAAUUCUGAAAAGAAAGGCAAGUCUUUACCUGCUGCUCAAGUCAAAUCGUUGCGUAAGUCAGCGGAAAUUGAGCAGAGGCUCUCAGAAAUGUUUGCUGACGAUUGCUCAGGAAAACAGAAUGUUGCUGAGGUUGAGGCACAUAUUUUGGAAGGACCUGUUGUCAAAGAUCUGUCAUCGUCAUCUCAGGUAAAGGGAAAUGCAGAAACAAGCAUAGAAAAAUUGUCAGAGAGAAAAGACUUGAAUAUUCCAGUGAGUUCGGAGGAUGCUAAAACAAAGGAACAUGCGAAGGCAUUGUCACCAGCAAAUAAAAGUAUAAAAUCUCCUCUGGAAAUUGAAAUAACGGAAACGUCCGACAGUUUAAAAUCCCAUGGAGAGGCUUCUGAAGAAAUGGAUCCCAAAACUGAUGAUAAAGAUGAGCUGGAAAGAAUCGAAAGGGUAACCAAAUCUUUGCGUGUUAAUUUACACAGGGUUGUAGUUUCUAUGAAAGACGAGACUGAUUGUACCUUCCAAGAAUCCUUAGAUGAUCUUGGGUCUAAAAGUUCUUUGGAGCAAAUGAUUUCUAAUGAGAAAGAUGCUUCAAAGGAUGACAUCACUGUUUUGUCACUUUCAAAGGAUGAUGUGAAACUAGAUAGUACAGGACUUUCAAAGAAGAAAUUGGCAUUUGAUGAAGAAUGUGAAGAGAACAAAAAUGAUAAAGUCAUCUCCAGCAACAACAGUCAAGAAACCUUGGUGUCCGAGGAGGGAGAAACUGUCGAGAAGGAGGCAUCAGAAGUCAGUCCUAGGCCUAGACGCACCACAAGAAGCACGAGGUCGGAUAAAACGAAAGUCGAAACUAGUACUACAAAGCAACCCAGAGGAAAAUCGUCGUCAUCAGUGUGUCCUAAAGUAGGGGGCAGGAAUCUGUGCCCCAAUGUUCCUGUCGAGACUGCGAUGCUAUUGGAGACACUGGUGGACUCGACCGAAGAUGAGAUCUCUCUGGAUUCUCUUCCUGAUCUGAGGAAGCUUGCAGAGAUCAGUGUUCCUCCUCCUCCGGAGGAGGAGGAGGAGGAAGAACCCGUCACCUGUGCCGUCAGGAGAUCCGUUCGGAAUGCCGUUAACGAUAAAGAUGAGAGCAAGGCCAGCAAUGAGACAGCCAAAGGCAAAAGCAAAGCCAGCAGCAGGAAGGAGGUGUUACCAAGCCGUAGAUCAUCCCGGACCGCUAAGUCCAGCAGCCUAGCCGAAACUCCAGAUACGUCCAAACAGAAAGUGCCGGAGACAUUGGACGAAAAAUGCGAGGCCAAGGAGAGUCAAGGAGUUGGGCCUGACAUUCAAGAGGAGGAGUUGCCAAUGGAAACGUCCAAGAAGAAAGAGAACCCCAUAACUCCCAAGAGGAACACCAGAAGGGCUGCUGUGAUGGAUAGCAAGGCUAAGCAACAAAAAUGUUCACCUGCUUCAGGUGGAAGUUCAUGAUGAAAUGUUCGCUGAUCUCCGAAGUGCAGUGCCUCGUUUUGCUAUGCUGUGGAGUUACAUCUCUCGUUGGGUUUGCAUUGCUUGGUCGCUGCCAUCAAGAAUUGUACAAAGAAUAUACUUGUAAAUACUUUUUUCUUAGGCUUGUAAGGUGGUUUGUUCAAAUCUAUGUUAAAAUGUUGAAAAAUGAAAAGAACGACAUGAGCAGUGUCUAAUACGUUUUGCCUGAUAUUUGAAGCCACAGUCAAUAGGUGUCCAGUUUGUCUACCUCUCGAGUGUUUGUUGCAAGGAUUUGUAAGCUGUCCACACAGUUGUGAUAAGAAGUGUGAUGUCAUGCCUCUCAAAAAAUUAUCUUGUGUGAUAUUUGAAUCAUCUCGAUACUAGAAGACCUUAGAAUGGUUGCAAUGUUAUUUAAAAUGUCCAUUUAUAAUUGGAAUUACAUAUACUCAAGUAGGGACACUGAUUUUGUAAUGAGGACUUCACAGUUGAGGAAUGUUUAAAAGGGCAAGAAUCUUGAUUGAUGGUGGGCUUUUUGACGCAGAAAAUGUAGAACUUGACAGAAAAAAUUUACAUUUGACUUGAGCUGUUCAGAACUACACAGUCUCUCCUAUUUGGCACCAUGGCUGUCAUAGUGACAAACUCCAUGCUCUCCUCUCUAUUAAUUCAACAAGAACUAGAAACACCUGAAAAAAGAAUUUACAUUCUUUUCAGAUACCCUCAGCAUUUUGUCACAAUCUUUUUCGCAGCCUACUUACAGGCAGGUAUGAUAGUUCCCUAACCUUUCACAGCCUACUUACAGGCAGGUAUGAUAGUUACCAAGAGGUUAGGGUUUGAAUUCAUCUCAAUCACGCAGUAGUUGGUGCUUUUAUUUGUGUUAACUGUGAGGUUGCAUGUUUGUGAGAAUCAGGAAUGUAAGGCCAUAUAAAUAUGCCCAUAGCAGUGUAAUUAAAGUAUAAUAUGUCAGUGUACUUGUCCUCAAAAACAGAUUUUCCAGAUACUUGGCCACCAAUUGCACAUCUGAAUACACUCCGUCACCUUCACUGCAAGUAUGUCGAUAUGUGAUGUGUUUUUGUAUAGUUUUGUACCCAUUUCAAAGUUCAAAGGGAAUUCCGUGUACAUUACAGUCUGGUUUAGCUUAUGAACUGCACAUACAAAAACAACCAGUAAGUGUUACCUCGGUUUCUUUACCUAAAAUAAUGUUUUUAGCUUACUUUAGGGAAUUUCAGGAGCAUAGAAAGUCGGAAAAUGUGGACAUUCAAGAGGUGGCAAUCUAUUCAUGCUAAAAACUAAAUUUAUCAGGUGGUAUGCUCAUGGAAUGGAUCAUUAUUUGUUAUAUUAUUUUAAAGUCUUUAUCAUUUCUAGACUUGUACAGGACCUCUUAAGAGCUCAAAGCAGAAAAUACUUUUUCUCUUAAUACACAUUCAUCUUAGACAUGAUCUCUGACUGUUAUGCAUGAUUUUUUUUAUUUUUUUAUUUAUGAGGUGCCAUGUUGUGAUAGACUGUAUCCCCUUUGUAUCUCUAGUCUUUUCCCAGUUACUUACCUCUCCAGCUUGUUCAGUAGAACCUUAGUCCAGAUUCUGUAAUGUAGGACAAAUUAUAUUCAGGGAGCCAUUUGUGAAAUUCAUUUGGUCAGGACAAGUUGAGGAACGGUUUGCCAGUGUCCCGUAGGUCAAAAGUUGUAGAAGCGUAAAGAGAAUUGAUAAUCAUUUCAAAGAAUAGGUGGGUACUUUGUCAUAUCAGUGGCCUAAACAAAAAAUGACAUCUUAUGCAUUUUUUAAAAAAAGAACCUUUUUUUUUCUGUAUUUUUCAAGGAGUGCAUAGUAUUUAUUUAUUUUGUCACCAGUUGCUCGAAUGUAAUUUCAAUAGCAAGGAAAUUGUUGUAAGCUGAGUUAAUGGUAUUUUGUAGUAUAGAAUUAAAUAUGUAAGGUAAUCAGUAAUCUUAUGUUAACGACUCCUGUGAAGAAGAAUGAUAGUUCCCUGUACAGUAUUUCAUGGCAGCGUAGAAAACAAUUUUGAUAUUUACAAAGAUUUGGUCAGAUAUUUCAUGUAUAUAUUUCCUACAAGCAUAACUUUUAACAUAGAAUAAUAGAUUUACUUGUACAGCACAGCUUGAUUUCCAUGGCUAGAUAAAAUGGUUACGUUUAUUUUCACACACAAAUCUCUCAAAUUGGAGGUUCUUUAUAACUCGCUGAAACUGGAUUCUUCAAAUUCGUAAAGAGCAUUUUCAUAAUUUUGUGAAACUUGAAGAGUAACACGAAUCUCUCACUGAAACAGGAAUCUAUCGAUUCAUCUAGACCAGUUUCACAGUUUUGUGAAAGAAAGAAACAAAGAAGAUAAAGGCCAAUACAUACUAAGGUUAGGGAUGGAUUUUGUAGAAGUUAAAAGAAAAAGUUUAUAGAAAGUACAAAAGGUGAAAAUUAAGCUUCAAAAUGUCCAGAAGUGCUUUCCGAAAGGUUUUAUGUACAUACAAGCACUGUAACUUAAGUACUCAAGUAAUGUUUUUGUCAAUUUAUGCAUUGUAAUGUUCAACUGCUCAUUAUCAUAAAUAUUUGUUUAUUAAUAUUUUUAUUAAUAUGAUUAUUGUUGUGCAGAAUUUUCUAUUGAUGAUGGACUUGCAGUUAUCUCUCUCUCUCUCUCUCACUCUCAGUGAAGCUGAAUUUAUUUUUCUCUCAAUAGACAAGUUUCAUUGUGCACAAUGUAGACAGACUUUCUGCUUCACAUAUGAUGAUUGUUCUGUGUACAGUACAUUAUAGUCAUUGUAUUUGUCAUCGUUUUUAAUUCAACCCUAAUUUACAUCAAUUAUUCAGCUUUUAGUUUUGUCUUUCUUUUUACAGCUAGAAAGAUUACCAGUGAAUAUUUUACGUCCUUUGGCUGUCAUAUUUAUACCUGAACUUUUUUAAGCCCAGCGUCCUUGGUAAGUAGGUUUUAUUCCUACUUAGACAUUAUGGGCUUGGGCCACCAUUCACCCAUUUUAAAUUUAAUUGCAAAGCCAUUUGUUACACAUAGCCCUCAUAACCCUUGUAGAUGUCCCUUGGACAUAGAGUUUAAAAAGUCUUGUAAAUUUUAGACAAGCAGCAGAAGAGCUGAGAAAGGUUUCACCUAUGCUUAUCUUUGACCCAUGAUCGGUAGUGAUGAGCCUCGAUUUUAGUUGGCCUGUGGUGUUGUUGACCUGCCAGCGAGAUUCUUCCCAGAUUUUGCUUGGACAUAUGUUUCCUUUUUUAAUGUUUUGACUCAUCAUUUUCAUGCAAUUGAUGUCAUCAGCUACCUAAUUUCCUCCUCCAUCUUCUCUUUCAGUAAAUGUAAUAACAGUUGUUGCUUACAGCAAAAUUAUUAAAUGUGUUUGUGGACUAUUUCUGUUGUGUUUUACCAAGGGAACGUGUCAUUGCUGUUUUAGGUAGGUUUUGCAUCAAUGCUUAUCCACUCACCCGUGAAUCUCGCCGAGAUUAGCCUUGGCAGGACUUGAAAAAGUCCCCAACAGUCAAUAGUUUCUGCCUUGGGAUCCUGGGCAUUGUGGUCUGCAAAAUGACAGACAGUUGCUUUUUCAAUAUUGCUAUCUUGUACUCAAUCAUAUUGCUAUUGUGAACUUAUCAUAUUGUUAUUUUAUAUUCAUAUUGCUGUAAUAGUUUUUAAUAUUUUUCUGCUAAGUCUUAUUUGAAUUCCAACUUAUUUUUAUUGUUAACGUAAGUUAAGAUGUUAUUUUGUGAAUGCUGAAGGAUACAAAACAAAUCUGUGACCAUUUUUAUUUCGACAAGUGUUUUAUAUUUUCAGACAAAUUUUUGCCAGUAUAUCUGUAAUUACAUAACUCUGGAAAUAUAAUAUUAGUGUAUAAAAAAAAAAAGCUGUAAUGCACCUACAAUUAUAAAGCGAUGACUAGACGUUUUACAUAGACAGAGUUCUUGGCUGAUGAACUUGCUGUAAGAAUCCUCGCUGACUAAAAUUUAUAGCACUACGAAAGUUUACCUGCUUGAAAUCCAACAAAGUUAUUAAUGGCUCGUAGAUUUAAGUUUAUCUCUCUCCAUCAUUAACUUUUGUUAUGUAUUAAUUGUAAAUAACUUUUUUGGGUAUUUAGUUAAUUAUUUUUCUGGAUUUAUUGUAAAGGAUUUUCUUACGACAUACUAAAUCCCAGUUUCAUGUAUUUAUCGUAAACUACAUUUGUCACAUACUUAUUGUGAACGACUUUCUUUACACAGGAGCUCUCCAGCAAAUUCAUCGUAAUGACUCUGUACAUCAACUGUAACACAGCCAUUCAGCAUUAUUUGCAAAAAAAAAAAGAAAAAAAAAAAAAAAGUAAAAA